UGAGAACGAAGAAGACGAAGAGCCUUGUGCUUGUAGGGUGCCAUCGCAGCCAACUGCUUCCGCUCCGGAGACUUAUUCGAUUAUCAAGCGCGUCAUUUAUGAAGUUGGCGAGAACGAGCCAGGAGGGAAGCGAACUGAUCUGGCGCAACCUGCGAGGCAUCUUCCAUGGCCCAGCAGGGUGGCAGCGUCAAGGCGUUUCUUGGUGUCGCUACGCCCGUGUACCUUGCACCGCUGCUGUUCUUCGAGAACCUGGCGUUGCCGUGUGCCGUGCUCCUGGUGGUGAUUUUCACAGUCUUGGAGACACUGCCGCUGCCCAUUGUGUCCCUCGUACCAUGGGUAGCCACGCUCUUACUCGGCCGCUCCACGCCAGGCUACGAGGACGUGCUAGACCUCAGCGGGGCGGAACUGGUGCCACUGACGGGCUUCCUGAUUGUGUACGUGCUGGCGGACUCGACGCGGCUGUGGACGAAGCUGUCGGCGCUUGUUCUCCGAUGGCAGGGCGCGCGCGUGGGACUGCUGUUUGCGUCGCUCAUGUCUGUUGCUUUCGUGGCGUCUCUCGUGCUGCCGUCGACGUUCGUCACUCUCCUGCUCGCUGCCUUCGUCUGUCGGCACAUGGAGAAUAUACAGGAAGACGUAGCAGUACUGGAGGCACGCGGAGAAAUGCGCUCUGCGCAUCCCCCACGACAGGCACCACCAGCGAGUAAGGCCAGGGACGAGCGCCUGAAGCCGCGGGCGCCGCGCUUUGCUACCCCACGGUCUCCCUCGAGCAGGAGCGCCUUUAGGAGGGCGAGUCACUCCCUGCCGGUGCCCGAUAGGGGACCGUCAGGUGCUCUGGUCCGGGUCGACGACAUUGUCAGGCAGCUAGUGACGGCGAUUCGCUCAGCGUGCAUCGACUCCCCCAGGCUCCAACAUCUGCGAUCUAAAAGACACUCCCUGACCGACCAUUCGGUCGACAUGCCUGCCUCAACCAACUCUGUCGCGAUUCACGGUAGCACCAUCUCGGCAACGGCGAGGAUGUCGCCGCAGCAGCACCGGCCUCGAGUUCCGAUGGUGAUGCUUGGAGCCCAAGCGCAUCACAGCCCUACUCUUGUACACGGAGAUAACGUCGAAACGACGGCAACGUUGGUACCUAGCGCCAGAACCGUGUGGUCAGACCGUCGUGCGAGGUACACUAAAACGCGCUCAGAUCCCAAAUCGCCAAAGAGUCAAUCCACGCUAUCGCUGAGCCAGAGCGUCGACGACGCUGCGCGGGCGUCGAAAGGAUCGUCGUCUCGCUCAAAAUCUACGAAGGCGGACACUCCUCCGCAUACCAGCCAGUUACACAAUAUCCCCGAUGUCCCAUCAGGUUCGUCGUCGCAACGUGACAGGCGCGCCACUGGCGCCAUUCUAGAAGCGUCGCCCAAGAGCCCAUUGUCUCCCGUCUGGCCUUCUGUGGACCAGUCGCAGCAAUCGAGGCCCCUGUCACCCAGAGGAUCGCCCACGCUUCGAAUCAGCUCCAUCAGUGGUGCCGCUACACGCGCCUCCAAAGGAACCCCACUUCGUGGAACCACUCCUCCGAGAGCCAAUGGUCCUUCAAUUGGGGAGUCGUGGUCAGCCCUGCACUCACCGCUUGAUUCGUCCAAGCAAAGCAACGGUCCCGGUGAGAGCGUAGUCGAGUGGCGCUCCAGGGGGACGUCGUCCCCCGGCAUAGGAUUACGCUCACCACGGGCUACACCUUCUAACGAAAUCGCACCUAUGGCUAAUACCGAGUCACUGAAGACAGGGCAAUGCACGCCAAAGCACAGUCAAAGCAGCGGCCGGCACCCGUAUUUGCCGUCACGCCCGUCAAGCGUGUCCUCGCAGCUCAGCCAAGUGUCGCUGAGUGGAGUGGGAAGCCCAGCGACACCGUCGCAGAUAGGCACCAUGGGAUCGAAACUUGAACAUUCGAGCUUCUUCAAGUCGUACGCUAGCGAGACCCAAAAGUCCGGUCACGAGCACUCGUCGGUCGCCCCUCGCGACGGCAAUGACUGUCUGGAGCUUGGCACCCACCAAGAGAACGUCCUUCUGAAUGCGACAUGGUCACCAGCUCCCGGAAGACAAGAUGAUACUGCAACUGAAAGAAAAAUUGAAGCCAGUAACACUUUGUACAGGCGGAUCCAAAAGGUGCUCAUAUUAGGCGCGGCCUACACGUCCAUCAUCGCGGGAGAGUGCGGCUUGAAGGGAAGGACAAGGGUCAUCAUCAACGACUACUAUGCCAACCAAAAGAAGCCGAGCCCUUUGAACGCGGCGGUAUUUGGGUGCUGCCUGGUUCCCGCGUCGCUGGUAUCGAUCACGCUCUUCUUGAUCUUUGUGUAUCACUUCUACCUCAGAAACGUACACGUGGCCCCAACACCGGAAUUACGUGUCGCCAUUCACGAGAUCGGCAAGGACAAAUGGCAAUGCGAAGACCGAUUAUCGAUGAGGGAAGUAAUGGUCAUCCUGUUGCUCGUCGCAAUCGGCAUCUCACUUAUUGUAGACUCGGACAAGCACAUCGGGGUUGACUCCACCACGGUGACUUCGCUGUGCGCCGUGGUGGCCGUGGGCCUCCCGCAGAAGCUGGGCAACCUUGUCCUGGCCGAGCACGUGGUGACAUGGCAGCUCAUACUCCGCCGCCUGCCCUGGGAACUGAUCCUGGUGCGACUUGGAGGAAGCGCCCUGCAGGUCGUCGCCGAGCGUUCGAGGGUGUCCACGUGGCUGCUGGAGACAUUACUGCGAAACGUUAACACGCGAGUGCACCCCGCCUGGUGCCUCGUGGCGUUGAUGGCUGCAACGGCACUGGUCUGUGAAGUGGACACCGGCGUUGCCGGAUUCCCGCUCGUCCAUAAGCUGAUACUUCUGUCGGAGCGCUUCCAGCUGCACCCGUUGUACUUCCUGUUGCCCGUGCUGAUGCAGUCUCGCUGCGUGCUGCUGGUGCCAUACACGAGUACGCCCCUCGCCUUCAUACACCUCUACACCCACAUGCGAAGCGCGGAACUGUACUGGCUGGGAUUGCUGCUCAAGGUCAUCUUCUGCCUGGCAUUUGUGGUGGCGGCCAACACUAUGCUGUUCGUCUAGCGGCCAGCUUGUCGGCAAACUGUUCUUCUGCACCAACGAGCUCACGUUUAAUAUUUCGUGGGCGACGCUCUUGUGCGCCCGGACAUUCUAACGGAAACACAAUUUAUAACAUUCUGGCGUUCCACGAAUGGUGAACCUGACGUUCUUGCCCCCCUUGACAGCGUGAAAGACUUUACAGUUGUUUACAUUACUGCGAAUACGGUAGCACCAUGUUGAUCAUUUUCUGUUCUGUA